UCGACUACUCCACCUUCGUUUGUCCAGAUGCCAGGAUCACACAUGCUGCCCAGCUACUACAGCAUGAGGCGUCCCUUCAUAUCCGACGCAGACUUUUGCACAUCCACCAAGCAGUUUCCUUCCGAUGUCUAUUCUUCCACACAACCCUCCUCUAUGAGCAGCUACUCCUCUCUCAUCGACAGCUACUACCCAGAAACCUUUGGUGACUACCGUAGCGCAGCCACCUUCUCCAGCUCUGGCAGCUCCUUCCUGCCCUCGUCAACCAUUUCCUCCCUGUUGCCAACUUUCAACGGAGAUUCACCGCAUUUAUUUCUGCGUGACUCAUGGGACCAGUCGGGACCUGAGCCAGUGUCCCAGGUGGAGGGCCUCUGUCCGGACAGCCUGGGUUCUGUCAGCGUCCCACCCUCCAUAGCCAGCCCGGAGCCCUCUGGGAGCCCRUCCCACUACCGUUCCCCCAGCCGCGGCUCCUCCAUGGGGCCUGUCUCCAGCAGCCAGCCGUACACCCUGCAUUCACUGGAGGACGUCCACUACCACCCUUUGACUUCUGGCGGCACCUACUCUGUGCCCUCCUCCUUUCCCUGCCCCCCGUACAUGAGCAGCCCCGUCAGCGACCUGGUGUCCAAGAUGGUGUCAGAGGACAUGGCGGAGGGUCACAGUAGCCUCCCAGCUGGCACCGAGGCCCACUCUUCAUGGGCUAAGGAGGACGGGGUGAGCCCCUGGUCCCCCUAUGAACUCCGGAGGGCCUACUGACCUGAGCGACCAACCAAGACUGAGAGGUCAGCAUGUCCAAAUGAAUGAAAUUUCACAGACUUUUCCCAUGAAAAGCACUGACCUUGACAUAAAAUGUCAGAGACGUGUGUGUUGGUUUUUUUUGGACAUUCAUCAUCAUUGUUUUAUUCAACAGCUAAUAUUUGUACUUUAAUAGCAACAGAGUAGUAAUUGGUUGACUAAGUUGGCCAAAACGAUGUGGUAGGAGGAUCACAUUUACUUACUGCAAAGAAGA